CCUAUCCAUACAUGCACAACUCUCCCUCUCCUUCUCCUUCUCCUCUUCCUCCCCCCACUAUAUAUAUACCCCUCUUGGGAUGAGAAGGUUGGUAUGGUGUGUCUCAUUACCUUCUUCACUCCUACCUAUAAUACUUGAAGCCCAGUCCCCUUGCAUUGUAUACCCUCUUAUUUUCUGCAGAAAGGUUUGAAGACAAAAGAAAGUUGUGCUCCAACUCACCUCUAAUUUUCUUCUAUGGAAAGGAAUCAGCUCAGACGCCAGCUUGCUUCUGUGAGGCAGUCUCUCUUUGAUCAGGGAUUUCUUGAUGAACAAUUUAUUCAGCUCGAGGAAUUAGAGGAUGGAGAUAACCCUAAUUUUGUGGAGGAAGUUGUUACAUUGUUUUUCAGGGAUUCUGCUAGAUUGAUUGUUAACAUAGAGCAAGCAUUGGAAUGUAGCCCCCUUGAUUUCAAUAAGCUGGACAACUACAUGCACCAGUUCAAGGGUAGUAGCUCAAGCAUUGGAGCUACAAAAGUGAAGAACGAGAGCACAGAGUUUAGGGAAUACUGCAGGACAGGAAAUGCUGAGGGAUGCAUGAUGUCCUUCCAACAAGUGAAGAAAGAAUAUGCAGCUUUGAGAAAGAAGCUUGAGCAUUAUUUUCAGCUAGCCAGACAAGCUGGACCCGGAGAGACAGCAAGUCGUUCAGCUAGGAACUGAUAGAUGAGCAAGAAUGACCAAUGAAGCUAGCUUAGCUUAGCUUAUGAUGUCUAUGUGGCAAUAGUUUUCUUCAUUUCUGCAACUUGUACCGAAGUCAGUUUGGUUCCCA